UUAAGGAGGAAAAAGCCCUGCAGUGUCUGAGUGCGCAGCUGACCUUAGCUACAUAAACAAACCCACUGGCAGCGUCUGCCCGUGCUUCCGGCAGCUUCUUGCCUACUUCAGGACAGCAGGCUGCUCCGGCAGCUGUGGCCGGAGGUGUGGAGGGGAGGACGGCUGCGCUCUUUCUCGGAGGAAGGACUGCAGUGGGAUUGCCCCACGAGUCCCGCGGCGGCUGCUGGCCCCGAGAGUGACCUGUCCUGUGUUGGGGUGAGGGCUCCCGGCCAGGACACCUGGACUCAUGGAGCCGUGUCUCUAAGCUCUUGGUGGCUGAGGCUGCUGGGUGCCCCACACCAGCCGGCUGAUGCUGCACCCCUCCUGGCUCCCUGCCACCUGGUGCUGACCCGGGUUCGACGGGGCUUGGUAUGGUCACCUGUUGCUGCUCCUGUGGCCACAGCUCCUCAUGAAGCGUUUCGGCAGUCUCAGGGGGAACAAGAAGCACAAGGACCCAAACCGGAGCACUGAGAGGCGCCAGUCGGAGCCCCAUGGCCUUUUUGCUUCGGGCCUCUCUUCCUCUCCGUCCACACCCACCCAGGUGGCCAAGCAGCACACCUUUCCUCUCGAGUCCUACAAGCACGAGCCUGAGCGACUGGAAAAUCGCCUCUACGCCUCGUCUUCCCCUCCGGACACAGGCCAGAGAUACUGCCCGUCCUCCUUUCAGAGCGUGGCCAGGCCUCCAGCAGCAUCGCCGACAUACUAUGCUUCCCCCAGAACCGUAAGUCUGGCCCCGUCCUGCGGGCCGGGCCUCCAGGCAUCGGGGGGGGGCACUGAAGCCGAGGCUGUGCACCCCUGACGUGUUGGGUGUAUUUUAUCACGAGUCCCGGGCUGAGAAAGAAACGCAGAGGGUGCAGCAGGCACAUGGCAACAAAACAGAACGUGGUAACGCCUGGAACCUGACCAGAAAGUGUGUGUUGCCUCAGCCUCUUUUAAGUAGUCAGUCCUAAAAAGCUUUAUUUGAAUUUAUCUAGAUUGGGAGCCUAGAGAAAGAAGUGAUAGGC